AAAACUCGAAACCAAGGAAAAAAAACUGUCCUUUUCCAAUCUCAUUUUCCUCUCACUUUCCCCUUUUACUCAUCCUAUUUCUUUCAAUUUCCCUGUGUUCAUCUUUCUUCUUCACAAAUUACAAACCCUAAAGAUUAUUCAUUUUAUAUCACUAAGAUUAGUCUACUUAAAACUGCUUUGAAUUUGUCUGAAUCUUUUUUUUUUUUAAUUUUAAAUUUAAUAAAAUGGCUGAAAACAACAGCAACGGAGAAGAGAAAUUACUAGCCGUCGCACGACAAAUUGCCAAAUCACUCGGUCAUUCCAAUUCUAUGACCGACGACAUUAUCAACAUUUUCUCCACUUUUGACGGACGUUUCUCACGCGACAAACUUUCGCCGUCUUCCGAUAAUAUGUUACCGGACCGCCCUAACUCCGCUGACAAACCAUCCUCCGCGGUUGCUACUUUGGAGGAAUGUAUUACUUCGCUUGACCGUCAGAUCUCUCAAUCUCUCUCCUUUGACCGUCCUCUAUGGUUUGACCCUGCCGACUCCUCCGCCUUCCUUGAACUACUCGACGAGUUGAUCGCCACUAUACGCGACUUUACUCCUCUUGCGCGCGACAAUAAGGCGCUUGCUGUCACGUUGGAUCGCGCUGAGGAGCUGCUUCAGUCGGCCAUUUUUAAGCUGGAGGAGGAGUUUCGCGGUCUGGUUCAGCGGGGUGCUGACUCGUUUGACUCCACUCGGGACUCGUCUGAUUCAGACUCCGACGGCGUAGAAGACGACGGAGGAGGUGAGAUUCCGGUGGCUCAUCCUGUAACUGAUUUCAACAUCAUUAUCGACGCUUUACCGGCGGCGACGAUUAGCGACCUCCAUGAAAUUGCGAGGCGUAUGGUGGCGGUGGAGUACGGCAGGGAGUGUUCACACGUUUACAGCGCUUGUCGGCGGGAAUUUCUCGAGGAGAGUUUGUCAAGGUUAGGGUUACAGAAAUUGAGCGCCGAUGAAGUCCAGAAGCUCCCAUGGCCGGAGCUUGAGGAUGAGAUCGAACGGUGGUGUAAAUCGGCGGUUUUCUCUCUCCGAAUUUUAUUUCCUUCCGAGAGACGCCUCUGUGAUCGCAUUUUCUUCGGAUUUCCGUCGACUUCGGAUUUCGCUUUCAUGGAGGUUUGCCGUGGUUCGACGAUUCAGCUGUUGAAUUUCGCCGAUGCGAUUGGGAUUUCGAGUCGUUCACCGGAGAGACUGUUUAAGGUGCUCGAUAUUUAUGAGACUCUGAGGGAUUUGAUUCCGGAAUUCGAGAUUUUGUUCUCUGAUCAGUACUGUGUUUUUCUGAGGAAUGAAGCCAUAACCAUUUGGAAGAGGCUUGGGGAAGCAAUCCGAGGAAUAUUUAUGGAAUUGGAGAAUUUGAUUCGGCGUGACCCGGCAAAGGUUCCAGUACCUGGUGGCGGGCUUCAUCCAAUAACUAGGUAUGUGAUGAAUUACCUUCGUGCUGCGUGUAAAUCGCAACAGACGCUGGAACAGGUGUUUGAGGAGGAGAGGGAGCGAGGGAUGUCGGGAAUGAGCUCAUUGUCAGUCCAAAUGGCGUGGAUUAUGGAGUUAUUAGAGAGUAAUUUGGAGGCAAAAUCAAAGGUUUAUAAGGAUCCUGCUUUGAGCUCUGUGUUUAUGAUGAAUAAUGGGAGGUACAUUGUCCAGAAAGUGAAGGAUAGUGAGCUUGGAUUUUUGUUAGGAGAUGAUUGGAUUAGGAAACAUAAUGUGAAAGUUAGGCAGUUUCAUGUUAAUUAUCAGAGGAGUACUUGGAAUAAGGUGGUUGGGGUGUUGAAGGUGGAGAAUGGCGGUGGAAGUAAUGUUAAUGGGGGGUUGAAUUCGAGGCCUUUGAAGGAGAGGUUUAGGAUGUUCAAUGCUUACUUUGAGGAGAUAUUAAAGGUACAAUCUAUGUGGGUCGUGUUUGAUGAUCACUUGAGGGAUGAACUGAAGACCUCUGUUACUCAAAAUCUGUUGCCUGCUUAUCGGAACUUCAUUGGAAGGUUCCAGAACUCUCCUGAAGCUGGAAGGAACCCGGAGAAGCAUAUCAAAUACAGUGUUGAGGAUGUUGAGGCUCAGAUUAACAAUGAUCUGUUUCGGGGUAAUAGUAAUGGUGGAAGAAGAUGAAAGCUGUUGGCUAGUUGAUGAGCAAAAAUGUUGUUGUUUGUUGUAGAACAGUGUAAACAAGUUUGUAUUGGUUUAGAAAAAUGUAUCAAUUUAUGGAAAUGUCGAUUGAAAUCAUAGGUCUCUUUCAAAAAUUUUGGUGACUGGUGAGUAGGUUUCUUACGUCGGAGUGUAAAAUUUUGGUGUUCCGGUAGUUUUAACACUGGGGUGUAUAAAUGUGUAAUUUGGCCUUAUGUAUUACUUUACCUUGUGUGAAAGCCAAAAUUUCAUUCUGUCGAUUGCUUAUUUUGGCAAAACAAUUUCUGAUGAGUCAUUUACAGUGGUGUAUAAUUGAAUCCAUUUGAUUAUGUAAUUGCACUUUCUACUUCA